AUGGCACAUACGCGCUCCCGCUGUUCCAGCGCUCCCGCUCUUCCUCCCGCAACGCUGUUGCGAGCAGCGAACACCAUGAUAGAAGCAAAUAAACCCGUGGCGAGCGCGAACGGCCAUACAAUCCGCCUCGUGGGCAAGGACGAAUAUAAAGAAGCAGCUGAGUGCCUCGCCGAAGCGUUUGUGGACGACGAGGUCGCCCGCUAUUUCCUCGAUAUGCCGGACACGGCGCGCUGGGCGAACAAGCGGAAGUGGGAGCUUCACGCUUCGAUCUUGGAGUACGUCACGUAUGCUCUGGUCAUGGGGGAGCGGGACGAAUAG